AUGAACAAUUUUGUUUUAUUCUUGGCUUUGCUUUCCACAUCUUUUGCUCUUUAAGUUUUAGCUGAUGAUGCAGAUAAAGUCGAUCAGAAAGAGCUAAAUAGAUUGUUCAACAUAAAUUACAAUGGAUUAGUCUAUUCAGGUUAUCUUAAAGCAAAUACUGAAGGAACAGCAUAGUUUCAUUAUAUGUUUUAUCCAGCACCAGAAGACCCAUUAAAGAAGCCUGUAAUUCUUUGGUUGAAUGGUGGUCCAGGAUGUUCAUCAUUGUAAGGUGCAUUUAAUGAGAAUGGUCCAUUCGUAUUUAAAGCUGGAACCUCUGAAUUUGAAAUGAACAAGUAUUCUUGGACAAAUUUUGCCAAUAUGCUCUAUAUUGAAUCUCCAAUCACAGUAGGAUUUUCAUAUGGACCACAAGGUGAAUAAUCAGACGAAUCUACGGCAAAGUAUAACAUCAAUGCUUUGGUUGACUUUUUUAACAGAUUUACAGAAUUUAAAAAAUUGCCAUUCUUUAUAUCAGGUGAAUCAUAUGCUGGAAUCUACAUUCCAACUUUAGCAAAUGAAAUUAUAGAUUACAACGCUGGAAAGGCAGCAGAUAGUAGAAUUAAUUUAUAAGGUUUGGCUAUAGGAAAUGGCUGUACUGAUCCUACUGAAUGCACAGAUGAAGCCGAUCCAUUCUAAAUUCAUGUUUAUAAAUUUUAUGGUCGUCAUAAUUUUAUUAGUCAAGAAUUAUACGAAAAAAUAUUGGCUGUCUAAAAUGAAUGUUAUGGAAGUUAAGAUGGAAUAUGCAAGGAAUUAGCUGAUAGAGUUGAAGUUGAAGUUAGUGGAACAAAGGAAGACAAUAUUAAAUUCAAUCCUUAUAAUAUCUACGGCUAUUGCUUCACCUAUACUCCUGAAGGUAGUACUAUGAGCUAGAAAUUUGGCGGAAUGAGAUCACUAAAGGAAGAUUCUGAUAUUCCUCCUUGUGCUGAUGUUCAAGGAUUAUACCAUCAUUUAAGAUCUGCUGAAGUCAGAGCUCUCCUUAAAAUCAGAACAGAAUCUGCCAAAUGGGCUGUUUGUUCAAGAACCUUGGGCUAAUAUAAUGUAAAUCCUUUAGGAUCUUACUAUUUAUAUCCGAAAAUUCUUAAAAAUUAAAUUAGAAUUCUGAAAUUCAGCGGUGAUGUUGAUGCAGUUGUCCCCUUGACAGGAACAAUGUUUUGGGUUGAUAAAUUGUAGAAAGAAUUAUAAUUGGCUACUUUGAAACCCUGGAGACCUUGGUUUGUUCCACCAAUGAGAGAUGUUGACCCUGACUAAAAUGCUGGUUAUGUUAUGGAUAUGGAUGGUCUCACAUUAUUAACAAUAAGGAAUGCUGGACAUAUGGUGCCAUUGGACAAAAGACUUGAGUCAGAAAUCUUUAUGGUGAAGUUUAUAAAAGACGAAUACUUCCCUUGAGUUUAUAAAAUUUUAAUCAAUUU